UAAUUAACAAUAUAACUUAUAUUAAAUAAUUUUUCUUGUAGUCUAAUCAUUUUCAGGCUGUAGUAGCUCAUCAAAGUAAUGCCACAUAUGCCGUGUUUGUAUACAAGUGUGGACUCAUAAACUGGAUAGGUUUUAUAGGUUUUGUGGGUAUAAUCUAUGACUUUGGUAGCCAUAUUCAUCCACUAUCAUCUACUUACAAUGUUACUAACAUAGACUGCUAUGAUGCAGUGUCAGGAUGGACUAAUAUUGUAUACAGACUAGAUCAAGUUAUAGAUAGGUUUGACUUCCUAUCCAUUACACCUCACAGUAUUACAGUAUCAUGGGAAAUGGGUAUUCCAGUUAUUAACAGUGUACUUACUCUGCAUAUCACUGAUUCACUUCAAACAGUCAAUGAUACAAUUACUGUUACUGGACAUAAUGCAUAUACCUAUACUGAUGGCAAAAAUUUUUGUAAUCUUUAUACUUUCAAACUGGCUCUACCAAAAGCAAAAACCGAUUGUAAUAAAGACAUAAAAUUUAUAUUUACAGCAUUGACACCAAAACCUGACAAUGUAUCUGCAUUAUACCUAACCAAUGAAACAAUAAUCAUGAGAUUUCAAAUACUUCAGUGCUUUAUAGAUGAAGUGCAAUUGAUUCUGUUUGAAGCUAAUAGACACAUUAAUACAUUAGGUCCAUUGGAUAUUAACAGUCUUCAAUACAUUGAUGAGUUUUAUAUUAUACACUGGAAUAUAAAGCUAAAUGAUCAUUCAUUGUAUUACCUAACAGUAUCAGCAAUUGGUACAUAUGGAACUAGUAGCUCUAAUGUAACAGAAAUAAAUACAUAUAAUGUAAAGGAUAUAAUAAUAGAGAGGAAUGAAGAUAUUGUCUGUUUUAUUUGUGUUACUGAAAUGCUUAAUGAAUGUCAAUUAAUGAUAACAACACUGAUACCACAAUCAAUACAAACUAAUGGAACAUGUUAUUCAUUUACUGAUAAUGGAACAUACACUGUAUAUGCACAUGAUAUUGAGAAUGGAAUAAAAAUACUGACACCAGCAAUAGUUAUUGAAUACACAGUUGACUGGAUUGAACCAUCAGACGCAGUGAAUGUUACAUUUUCAAGCACUGAAGAGUUUAUUAUGUACAAAACAAGCAGCAAAGGAUUGAUAUUAUCAAUGUAUAGUCCAGUGAUUCUAAUUACUACUACUACUACUGUUAUUACAACUACUACUACAAAUAUUGGUCAUCAAAGUAUGUUUACUUAG